CGCUUAACGCAGGACUUGUUAUUUGCGUGUGUAUGCACAAAAAUAGCCCAGCAGAGGUUCUGCUCAUUGCUGUCUUCCUAUACACAACCUUUCUUUUCUUUUUGUCUAAAUAGAGCUUUUCAGAGUGACUUUUGUUGCAUCAGUACAGCGGUUGUGGAAGCAGAAGCUGUUGAAGAAGCUUUUAACAGCAGAAGGCUUGGAGAGAUGCUGUUCCUCCUGGUGAUGUGAUUGCAUAGCAACCCAGCAGCGCAGGGCGGCGGAGGAGGAGAGGCAGGAGCGUGCAGGCAGCAGCAGGCUCAGCAUGCAUCCCUGCCACGGGGACUCCUUUGCUGAUUCACAGAGCCAGCCCCUGCUCCCGAAACCCGGCGGCUGCCGUCCCCGCGUCUCAGACCUGCUGGACUCGGAAGGUGCUUGUGCCCAGAGUUGUCUCCGUCCCCAUGAACACUGGUUCUGAUGCAGCCUCUGGUGAUGCAGGAAUGGCCCUAUGUCCUCCCACGAUGUCCUGAGUGGCACGUCACAGACCAGGUGCAGCACAGGAGCACUGCCCACCAGCUGUCUCAGGUUGAAGCCUCACAGGAUGGUGCAGGACCUUCGUGUGUGACACUCCGGGCCCCGAGUGGUGCCACCGGGCCCCAGGCCCCCCUGGAGAUGAAUCUUUGCUGGAACGAGAUCAAAAAGAAAUCUCACAGCCUCCGGGCUCGGCUGGAGGCCUUUUCUGAUCACAGUGGGAAGCUGCAGGUGCCCCUCCAAGAGAUCAUAGACUGGCUUGGGCAGAAGGAUGAGGAGCUCUCGGCACAGCUGCCCCUGCGGGGCGAUGUCCUCCUGGUGCAGCAGGAAAAGGAGACGCAUGCGGCUUUCAUGGAAGAAGUGAAGUCUCGGGGACCAUACAUUUACUCUGUCCUGGAGUCAGCACAGGCUUUCCUUUCCCAGCAUCCAUUUGAGGAAUUAGAAGAACCAACUUCAGAAAGCAAAGAUGUCUCUCCUCGGCACCGCAUCCAAAACAUCAGCCGCUUUGUCUGGAAGCAGGCAAACGUGGCCAGUGAGCUGUGGGAGAAGCUCACAGCCCGGUGCGUGGACCAGCACCGUCACAUCGAGCGGACACUGGAGCAGCUGAUAGAGAUUAAAGGGGCCAUGGAGGAGCUCAGCACCACACUGGACCAGGCUGAAAGUGUGCAUGAAACCUGGGAACCCAUUGGGGAUCUCUUCAUUGACUCCUUGCCAGAGCACAUCCAGUCGACCAAGCUGUUCAAAGAGGAGCUCUCCCCCAUGAAGGAUGGGGUGAAAGCGGUCAAUGAUCUUGCACACCAGCUUGCCAUCUCAGAUGUCCACCUGUCCAUGGAGAACUCCCGUACCCUGGAGCAGAUCAACAUGCGCUGGAAGCAGCUGCAGGCUUCCAUAAACGAACGCCUGAAGCAGCUCCAAGAUGCCCACCGGGACUUCGGACCAGGCUCCCAGCACUUCCUCUCCUCCUCUGUCCAGGUCCCCUGGGAGCGAGCCAUUUCCCCCAACAAAGUGCCAUACUACAUCAACCACCAGGCCCAGACAACGUGCUGGGACCACCCGAAGAUGACGGAGUUGUACCAGACACUGGCGGAUUUGAACAACAUCAAAUUCUCAGCAUAUCGGACAGCUAUGAAGCUGCGACGGGUGCAAAAAGCCCUGAGAUUGGACAUGGUCACCCUCACCACAGCCUUGGAAAUCUUCAAUGAGCAUGACCUGCAGCCCAGUGACCGGGCGAUGGACGUGGUGGAGGUCAUCCACUGCCUGACCGCCCUCUACGAGAGGUUGGAGGAGGAGCGGGGCAUCCUGGUGAACGUGCCGCUCUGCGUGGACAUGAGCCUCAACUGGCUACUGAAUGUCUUUGACAGUGGUCGCAGUGGGAAGAUGAGGGCUCUCUCCUUCAAGACGGGCAUUGCAUGUCUGUGCGGGACAGAGGUCAAGGAGAAGUUUCAGUAUCUUUUCAGCCAAGUGGCGAAUGCCGGGGGACUGUGUGACCAGCGGCACCUUGGUGUCCUGCUCCACGAGGCCAUCCAGGUCCCACGCCAGCUGGGAGAGGUGGCGGCGUUCGGGGGCAGCAACGUGGAGCCCAGCAUCCGCAGCUGCUUCCGUUUUAGCAAUGGGAAGCCCGCCAUCGAGGUGUCCCAGUUCCUGGAGUGGGCCAACCUGGAGCCGCAGUCCAUGGUGUGGCUGGCCGUGCUGCACCGGGUCACCGUGGCAGAGCAGGUGAAGCACCAGACCAAGUGCUCUGUCUGCCGGCAGUGCCCCAUCAAAGGCUUCAGGUACCGGAGCCUGAAGCAGUUCAAUGUGGACAUCUGCCAGACUUGCUUCCUCACUGGACGAGCCAGCAAGGGCAACAAGCUGCACUACCCCAUCAUGGAGUACUACACCCCGACCACAUCCAGUGAGAACAUGAGAGACUUCGCUACAACGCUGAAGAACAAGUUCCGGUCCAAGCAGUACUUCAGCAAGCAUCCACAGAGAGGUUACCUGCCUGUCCAGUCCGUACUCGAGGCUGACUUCUCUGAGACACCAGCCUCCUCCCCGAUGUUACCACACGCCGACACACACUCCAGGAUCGAGCACUUUGCCAGCAGGCUUGCAGAGAUGGAAAGCCAGAACUGUUCCUUCUUCAGUGACAGCCUGUCCCCUGAUGAUAGUCUGGAUGAGGACCAGUACCUGCUGCGCCAUUCCAGCCCCAUCACCGACCGAGAGCCUGGGGGCAGCCAACAGGUUCCAGGAAGCCUCAACAUGGACGACAAGGGAGAGCUGGAGAGAAUCCUGGCGCACUUAGAGGAUGAAAACAGGAUCCUUCAGGGAGAGCUGAGACGCUUGAAAUGGCAGCAUGAUGAAGCAGUGGAGUCUCCAACCUUGGCUACAGGCUCCCCCAAAUCAGUGCAAGACCCACGAAAUGAUGAACUCCUGGCAGAAGCACGAAUCCUCCGGCAGCACAAGAGCCGCCUGGAGACCCGCAUGCAGAUCCUGGAGGACCACAACAAGCAGCUGGAGUCCCAGCUGCACCGACUGAGGGAGCUGCUGCUGCAGCCUCCAGCAGAGUCAGAUGGCAAUGGUUCAGCAGCCUCUUCCUUGGCUUCAUCCCCUCAUCAGUCUGAAAGCAGCCAGGCAAAGGAAAAAGAGCACAACACCCCUGACACCGAAGCUGCAGAUGAGGUGGAAGCCAAAAGCCAGGAAGUCAGCAUGUGCCUGGAAGACAUCAUGGAGAAGCUGCGGAGCGCCUUCCCCAACUCUCGAGGUAUGACUUCCCUUAUCUAACAUCUCCUGUGAGCAAGAGGCUUUUCCUAACCAGCUACCUGGCUGCUUUCCUCCCUCUCCUCUCCCUACCCUGCUCCCCAAGCUGCAGCAGACCUCACACAGACUCCCUGCGAGCUGAUCGUGCAGGAUGCUUGCCAGCUCCAGAAGAUCUCAGGGGAACAUAGGUCAUGCAGGAGCAGGAUUGUGGGCUCCCCAGGAGGCUGGCUCAGUCACUCAGCCACAGUGUCCAAACCUGGGUGGAAAGGUUCAGAAGAAAUGAAGCUCUGAAAGCUGCUUGUCCCCUCUGGCACUCAUGGUUUCAAGGGGUGCAGAACUCAGCAUCCUGCUCCUCUUCAGUUUUGCCCAGUGGCCCUCCAGGUUUAUGGGCAUCAAAACACUCCUGGAGCCACGCAGUUUUUAAAAGAACUCUUUCUAACAGCAUCCAGCUGCCAGCCUUACGGAUUGAACUCUCUCUGCCACCCAGGGCUUCGCAGCCAGCCAGGCACAUACUGUCUGGUGGGUUUAUGGAAUAGGGAUGAGUCCAUGUUAGAGCUUCAGCCCAGCUAGUAGCCUUAACUUGAGAGGAUCUUUAUAACAGAGCCUUAUAAUUUAAUUUGCAUAUAUUUCUAUAUAUUAUAUAUAUAUAUUCUGUACUUAAAUACUCUCAUGGACUCACUCCAUUAAAUUCUAAUACUGUAAGUGCAGGUGCCCUUCACUUUCAGUUCUGCCCUACAUCUGCUCCUGCAGGGACCAGCACCUUCCCUGUUGCUGGAGCUGCUGUGGAGCAGGGCUGCUGCGAGGGGAGCUAAGCGAAGGGCUGGACCAGCAGCAGGUACUCCGUCCCACCUGGUUUCCUGGGGAGCUGUGCCUUCGCCGUGGCACAGAGGGCCUGUCCUGCCUGGACCCAGCUCUAUCCCUGGGGAGCCGGGGCUCCUGCAGCCACCCAUCCCCAUAGUGCUGCAGAUGAGGUUUCACCAGGCUGCUGGGCUGUGAUGCAGGAGUGCAGUGGUGCAGGAGGGCAGCAGGACAGGCAGUGUACCUCCUUGCUGCCCCCAAGGAGUACCUGCCCUGCUUCUGUCCCUGGUUUGAGCUGGGCCAAGGGGCCAGAGGCACUCACUGGAAGCAGGCAAGUCCUGCCUGCAGUGAAGGAGGUUGUUCUGCAAGUUGGCAGGGUAGCAUGGUAGCAGCUUCUGAUCCCAAAGGCUCUCUUGGGCUGACUGUCUCAUGCCGUGUUAUGUCGAGAAAAAGGCAGAGUCAGGUGCUGUGGGGUGCCCCAGAGCAGAGGCUGAGGUGGACCUGCUGCUCUGGGGCCACAGACUGUGGAGGGAUGAGAUGCCCGAGCCCACAGGGCAGGGUGCAGGCAGGGCUGCACGCCAGUGUGAAGCAUCCUGCCCAAAACAGGGCUUGCAGCGAGGACAGGGAUGGGGCUGUUGUCGCUGGCUGGGACGGGAUGCAGUGAUGAGCUGUUUGGGGAGGUCUGGACAAAGGCAGCAUGUGUGACAGGGCUGUGUGUUUGUCUUCAGUGUGCAGGCAGGGGUGCAAAGCAGCACCCACACUGGGGUUUUGGCAGCGGAGCCUUCUGGCUGGGCGCUGGGGGUCCUGUGCUGCUGUGUUCACCGGCAGCCAUGGGGGUUGCUGUCCCUGCUGUCCCCUCUCACAGCCAGGUGAGAGGCGGGACACCAGCGGUGGCACUGGUGCUGGGCUGGCUGUACGCACGCUGUGUGUCAGGCUGCUUGUUUGACCAUGGGGAAGGAACACACGCCAGCCCGUGAGACCCUGCUGGACCCUCCUGUUAUCCCAGACGCAGGAUGGUGGGAGCAUGGGGAGGAGCAAGGUUUUGGCCUGAGGAGGAGGUCAGGAGUACCCAGCUGGGGGGAGCUGGAGAAAGGAAAAGGCAGGAUGAGGGCAGAGGCUUGGUGCCAGGUGUGGGGACCAGCAGCAGCCAGGCUGGGUGCUCGGGCUGCGUUUGGAGCCGGGAUGCGACAGGGAGGGGAGCAGGCUGGCUAAUGCUCUGGUAACCAUGUGCUGUGAUGCUGCUGAACUCGCUGCUUCGCGACAUCUCUGCUCUGGAAAGAGAAUAAAUUUGUAUUUGUACUGAGA